CUUCCGGUAUUUUCGCAUCCUUUCUCCUUUGUCUGAUCACUCGCUAGGUGUGUUAGCGUCGGCUGUAGCACGCUUGAAGCUUGAAGCUUGAACUUGGGAAGAAGACGCUCUCCAAACACGCGUAGCCACUAACUAGCCAGCAGAGAUCACUUGAGUCCAAGUUUUGUUUGAGAUAGCGUCGUGAUAUCUAAACACUUAAAAUCUCACUCGUUCUUCGUCCUUGUGUAUUUAAUUCCUCGUGGAGUAUUCCAUUGAGAGUUUUAACUAAAGAGGUGACGCGAGAAAAUUUUCUGCUUGGAAGACAAAGCAAUAGUUAAAUGACUAUCGACAAAGAAAUAGAAGACCUGCAGUCGGCAGUAGUCUCUCAGCUCGUCACGCGGAAGCCGGCGCACGGAAUUCCAUUGGAUGCUAUCGUCAGAGAUUAUAAUGAAUUAAACGGUGAACAUAUUCCUUAUCAUCGUUACGGUUACUCGACGUUAGUUGAUUUUCUUAAAACAAUCCCGGAAAUAGAAGUUUAUUCGAGAGGUGUGACUCAUUUUAUUAAUUUCAAAGGCAAAGAGUCUUUUAAACACGUGACUGAUUUGGUUGCUAGAACGCAGACGAAAACAAGCAGAAAUUACAAAGGACCGAACCGAAGCCGCUCAAUUGGAAUGAGAAAGACAGUUCCGCCGGGUUACAAGCCGCCUCAAGAGUACAAUAACAGACCGUAUGAAUCUACUUCUUCUUCUUCAUCGAUAAUUGAUCCCGCGGUAACAAGUGAAAUUUUAUCAAUAAUAAAAGAGUGUCCCAGUGGUUUAUUUCUUUCUGAAUUACUUGAAAAACUCUACAACCGUUCGCGUCUUAAUUUAAGCAACAAUCAGAUCCAAGAGCACUUAAAGAUGCUCGAGCGUGAAGUUACGACUAAAGAUAACAUGAUUUAUCUUAGAAAAUCGUCGCCGUGGGACUCUUUUGCGCAUAAAUCAAGCAGGUCACAAUCUGUGCCUCCUCGGAGACAUAAUAAUAAUCAAAGAAAGUAUUCUAAUGAGACCAGUGGUAAUCGCAAUUAUGAUAAGUAUGUGAAGAAUAAUAGUGAUUAUAAUAAUUUAGAUGAAAAUAAUGGAAAUGGUAAUUAUCAAAGUAAUUAUGGGAAUACAAGCACUGAAAUAAAUUAUUCUAAAAAUGCUUCAUCUAAAAAUUUCAAAAUUGCUGGUGUGGAUUCUGAUGAGGAUUUAAAUAAUGACUAUUGUAAUGAUUUUGAUAGCGGGCCGAGCUUUGCGGAAAAUGAGUACAUUGGUAUUCAUCCAACUAAUGUAAAAAAUAAUGAGACUCAGUAUCAUGGCAAGUCUGGUGAUACUAUCAGUGAUUCAAGAGAAAAAGAUCCAGAGAAAAUAUAUUACAAACACGACUCAAGUUACAAUCAUAAUAAUACUUAUGAAUCAAAAGUCAGAUCAUCAAAUUACCAUAAUGAAUCCGAGGCUGUUAAUCCUAAAGUAAAUACCAGCGAUGAUAUAACUAAAGCUGAAAAUAUUGACAGAGAAAUUCUUUUUCAAAAAAAUAAAAAGUUUGUAAUAGAGUCACUUUCUCAGCGUACUGUAUUGAGACUGCAGAAGCUAUUGGAAAAUAAUCCAAAUGGUAUUUGGUGUCUUGACUUGCCAACUUUGUAUGAAAAAGAAUACAAGUUAUCACUGGACUGGGGAAAGUCCAAUUGUCAGCGGUUUUCUGACUUUGUAUCAUAUCUGCCUCAUAUAUUUCACAAGAUUGGACCUUAUAGGAGAGGAGACUAUAAAUUGUUUGAUGCUAGGAAACCGAUACCAGAUGAUGAUGAUGAUAAGAUUAUAAAACAAACUCCAACUUUGGCUUCAGUUUAUAAUUCAUAUAACAGCCAAAAUUAUUACGAUGAAUCGAUCCCCCGGCGACUUUCGCGUGAAGUUAGACGUAAAUUAUUCCCACUGGAUGUAAUUAAUGACGAGGAAACUAUUGAGUGUAUACAGGUCAGUGAAUUUUCUCUUGGAACGAACGAGCUUGGAAGAAAAGAGUACCGAUUUAUUGAAGUUAACGUAGUAGAAGCUUUUGAUCCUUCAUUUUUCUGGGUACAAUUGAGUAGAAAUAAAGAUGACUUUGACGAUAUGAUGGAACGUUUGGGGACAUUUUACGAUGAAAACAGCUCCAAGUACGCAAUUCCUCAAGUUUUAUUGGUUGAAAAAUUGAAUGUUGCUUGCAAAUUCUACGGCACAUGGCAUCGUGGUAUGAUCAAAAGUGUUUCACCUUCACUAUCUAGCGCUAAAAUCCAUUUCUAUGAUUUCGGAACUAUGAAAUCAUAUCGUGCUGAUGAACUGUUUUUUUUGAAACGAUCUUUUGGAAUUUUGCCUGCUCAAGCCAUUCCAUGUGGUUUAGCUGGGAUUGAACCAAAGGUACAUACCGGUGAAGGUAAUGGUUGGCCUGUUGAAGCACGUGAUGUAUUUAUUAAAUUGGCCUUCAAAUGUGAAAUGUGGGCGAUGGUACAAAAAAUUGAUGUUGAUAAUAAUUCCAUGCUGAUUGGUCUGACUGAUACUUCAGAGCCAGAAGAUCUUCACAUAGCAGACUUCUUAUUACGACACAAGCUAGCUGCGAAAUCUAACACGGUUCGUAUUACCACCAGAAACUUUUUUUUCAAACACGCUUUACAAUCUUCUGCCGAAUGGAAGAAAAAAUAUUUAAACGCGUCUGUAGGAAAUUCUCGCUUAGCUCGAAUUAAUCGUCAUAAAUCAGUUAAAUUUUCGUCCUCUGAAAUUAAUAAGUACCGUAAUCACAGUAAAGAAAACGCUCAAAAAUCUAGUGAAGCUUUAUCGCCUUCAAUGCUGCGUGAAAAGGCUAAAUCUGAACUCAAGUCCAAGCAAAUAGAAUCACAACCAUCUCCAGUAGUUUUAAAUUAUUUACCUCCCCCAAAAGUAAAUUUAUUAUCCUUAGGAUCGUCUUUAGACAAAGUACAGUUAUGGUUUGAAUUAAAUAAGGAAUUAAAUAAAAAUCCAGGUGAUGCGAGUUCUAACGAAUCAAUUGGUGCUAAUUUUGAAGCAUCUAAACUUGAACAUAUUCAUCAUGAACCAAAAUCUGUUCCAAAAAAGCAAACAAUUAAACUUGAAGAUAUUUUUAAGACAUCUCCAGCUCAAGAUACUUCUCAAAAAAUUGAACCCCAUCAUGUUUCUAAAACAUCUAAACCUCAUUAUGUUUCUGAGUCAUCUAAUCAUUCAUCAUUAUCAAAAACUCCAGAAGAUCAUAAUCUAGUUAAAUGUAAAGAUGUAUCAAACAUAAUUGCCGUUGAUGACAGAGCUGACAUUCCUGAAUGUGGAACUUUUAGUAGUCCUUUAGGAGGGCACGGGCGAGCAGAACCAAUUGAUUGGAAUAAUAUCAAACAAUUGUUGAAGAAAAAUGAACGAAAAACUCUCCAAUCACAAUCAAGCUCCGAUGAAACUUCAAGUGGAAAAAAAGCGCCGGUACUUUCUCAACCGGGAGUUUCAAAAUUAUUGACUGCUUUUGACGAUGAAGACGAUGAUGAAAUUCCCGAGUCGGGAACAUUCAGUAGUCCUUUGGGUGGUCAUGGACGAGAAGAAUUUUUAGACUGGAACGCAGUAAGAAAACAAGUUGAGGUUACCAACGACGGAAAGGUAUCAAAAUCAAUCUCACUAGGAAAACUUUCUUCAGCGAAACCUAUGGUUGGUAAUAAUAAUAAUAAUAAUCAACCUGUAGGUAAGUCAUAUUUGAAUGAUGAAGCCCAUCGUUACUUUGAAAACUUUUAUCAAUCUUGUAUUGCUCCAAAAAUUUCAAAAGGCAAUUCCAUUUUAUCGUGGGAUAGCGGGGAUGAAAUUCAAUACACUGGGACAAUUACACCGAUGGUACGACAGACUCUUAAUACUAUAAAUAAAAAAUCUCGUCGAGUGAAGGUGACCGUUCCAGUUAAUGUACGAAGAUUGAUAGAUGGAGGACCAGGGUCUAUUUCUGAUAGCGUUUCUUCAGAUAGUCGAAGCGGCUGGAAUUUACCUGAUAGAUCAGUUAGUCGGUCUAAUAAUGUUGAUCAGAAAAGCGACAGUGAUUGUAGAUCCUCUGGUUCUUCUAAACAAGUUCCGACAAUUUAUAAGUUAUUAAAGACUCGUCACUUGAAUAGUAUUAAAAAGAGCGAAAAUGAAAGCUCAAGUGAUGAAAAGAAGGAAAAUUCUGAAAAGGUUAAUAAUGAAACUGCUGAAAGUCAAUCUCAAAAAAAUAAAGUAUCGAUUGAAGAGUUACCUUCUCCAAAAGAAAAAGUAUUGAUUGAAGAGCUACCAUCUCCAAAAGAAAAAGUAUUAAUUGAAGAGUUACCAUCUCCAAAGAAGAAAGUCAACUCAAUUUAUUACGCAUCUGCAAGAAUUAGUUUAUUUAAAAAAUUGAAUCUACAAAGUAGAGAAUCAAGUAGUGAUGAUGGUAGUCUUGAUUCAGAUGAUUCUUAUUGUGGAGGAGCGAGUACAAAAAAGGAAGUUGCUUCUGAUAGCAGUAAUGACUUUAAAAAAAUAAAUAAGAACUUGGAAUUUAAUGAAAAAAUUACCAAGACAAUUAAUUCUGAAGAAGAAGAAGAAGAAGAAGAAAAAGGAAGUAGUGAUGAAAAAAUUAGUGAAAUGUUGAUUGAGAAAUUGGAUUCUGAAGAAAGUACAAAAAAUAGCAAUAGCUUAAAUGAAAAAAAUAAUAAUGAUGUGAAUAAACUUGAGAUUUGUGUGGCAAAACAACCGCCUAAAUCAAUGGGAAUUUAUAAUGACCUAGAUCCUGAAUCUGAUAACAGUGAAUUUGAUUAUCAUUUACCAUUAGAUUUUCUUGCAAAUUUCUUCGGUGUUUCGCUUCCCAAUCAAAAGAGCAUCACAAACUCGUCAGCAGGAACAGACACUGAUGGUAAUUCUGAAGAUGAUAAAUUAAAAAUUGAAGAAAUAAAUGAAGGAAAAGCUUCAAGUUCAAUGUCUGAGAGCAGCUUAGACAUGUCUAGUGCUCGUGAUAAUUAUCUUUCGCCUUCUUCUCGUGUAGAAACAGAUUCCGAGUCCCCAAUAAAGGAUCCAAAAGCUUUUGACAAUAAGAAAAAUUUGACUAAAGUUUAUAAUCAUCCUAAGUAUCAAAAGAUGUUCAAGUUUGAAAAAAAUAACGAGGGAUCUAAAAAAGAAUUUGAUUCACCUGACAGCGAUUUUCAAAAUUCUGACCGUGAAAAAAUAAUUAGAACACCGAGUCUUAAGUUGAAGUGUUCUAUAUUAAACGAAGUUAAAAAGUCAGGGCUUCUUGAAUCUCCAAAAGUUGUUAGAAAUUGCAAUUUGAGUUUUAACGCUGAUGAUUUUUUAGAUAGCGAUGAAUAAUGAAUUUAAUUUUUUUAUUUUGUUUACUUUUAUA